ACUGUAGCUGUUGCUCUAGCUGUGGGUGGAUCUGCUGAGGUGUAAGGAGUCCAUUGUUUUGCAUAUUGAGUCCUGAUUACAGAGAGCAGAGUGUGAAACCUUUGUUAGCUGUUUUACUGAGCUCCAUGGGCAGCUAUAGAGACACAUUCAAUCAUUUUCAGCAGCUCACAGAAACAUAUCUGACGGAAAGCUGCCAUGGCGUUUUGGGUGAAGACUUUCCUGCUUGUCAGUAUAAUAACAUCAGCGGUGAGAGGCAGAGUGGAAAAAGAGCUGUCUCCCGAGUGCAGACAAUUCCUCUACAUGGGAACACCACCGACUGGGCUGAAGCACCACUCCCUCCAGUUCAUUUGUCAACGUUACAACAAGAAGCCACGCUACAUGACGCUGUACAACACUGCGGACCACAUCCCUGUGUACUCAGCGUACACUUUCAAACGCACAGAUGGGGACAAAUGCGCAGAUGUCCCAUGGAUGUACGAACCGCAGCUAUCCACAUCCUCUGGCACAGAUGAGAUGCAGCCCUUCCCACGUGGCUACAUGCACAUGAAUUUCGAAGAUGCCCAAGCUGUUCUGGAUGAUUAUACAAACGCCAUCCUUUACGAGCGUGGCACCCUCAACCCAGACUGGCACCAGGACGAUCCUGAUGACAAGGCCUCCACAUACACCCUCACCAAUGUCGUCCCCAUGGUGCCCGACUUCAACGGCAGAGUCUGGAACGAACAGGAGCACAUCAUCCGCAAACGGCUCAACAACUACUGCCGUGGAACAGCUUACAUCAUCACAGGUAUCACCACCUCGGGGAAGAUGAUCCGCCGGGAGAACAUGAACCGCGUAGCAGUGCCCGCAUACUUGUGGUCCGCUUAUUGCUGCAUCGACUAUGACCACAACGCACCGUAUGAUGUGCGCUAUAAGUUCCCAUCUUUUGCUCACUACGGCCUGAAUGAGGAAGACAAUGAGGUGGUGGAAAUCUCCGUCCAGAAGCUGAAGGAGUUCCUCAGGAAGACAACCUUCGUAGGCCAGAACUUUCAGAUCUUUGUGGGUGACUGUGUCCCACCAGGGUCCAGUAAAACUUUAUAGUCACAUAUUCAGCUAUAAGGCAGCUAUGUGCCAUUUUGCCUUCCCUAUCUUGGUUAUGUUCUGUUCUUUCUUCUUCUUCAAUAAGCCUUUUUGUUUUGACUUGUCAUAGUAAGAAAAGCACAGGUGUAACAUUAACGAUGGCUCUGUUCAUGUGUCCCAGUAAGCCAUGACUGUGUGACAGCAUGCAUAACACCAGGACCCUGACAUUGAAGCAGCUAAAUUGAAUGUAGCCAUGAUUCAUUCUGUUAUUUACACCUCUGCGUUUUCCUGCUGUAAAACGUCGGCAUGUCUUCAGGGAAAACGGUCUAUAGCCAUCCAAUAAGCUAUAGACCGUUGUCUAAUCCAGCUCAACACACUGAAAUGUUUAGCAGUGCUUUUGCUGUAUUUUACACUUCAACACUUGAUUCAAAAAUAACUGGGUAUUUGUCUCACUGAAAAUGUAAUAAAAAAUCUACCUGCUUUGCAGUAAUAAACCUUUGCAAACUGUAA